AUGGAUGGCAUUCCUGGCGUUACACAAGAUGCCGUUGAACCAGGUACCUAUUGGUAUCACAUUCUCAUCCAAGACAGUGUAAACCAAGUGGAUAAAGUUUAUGAAUGGAUGAGUUCCAGCGACAUGAAUACGAGUGAUUCCGACAAUAUGGGUAUGAAAGAGAUGAAUCAUAAUGAAAUGAAUAUGUCCGGAUCGGAUAUGAACAUGGACGAGAACACUACGGCUCCUGGAGAACGUUAUGAUAUUGAAUUUACGGCCCUAAUCCAGGCUCCUGGCUGCUUGAAGAACAUGGAGAUUGAAUCA